AAUCACAAUUGGAGGAAGGGAUACAGGAAGUACUCACAGCUGCACAGACACCCCCGCCAAGCUCCAGGCAGCACCAACAGAAACCACAGCAGGCUUGGGGGAAGAGAGUCCAUGGCCACCUGGGGUGGUCGCCAGACAAAGAGUCUGGCGCACAAGGUACAGUCAGAGUUGGCACGCCUCUGAGCCAGGGGAAUCAUGGCUUACAUCUUUCCCUGAUGGUGCUUCAAGAAGCCGCUGGUUGGGUUGACCACAUCCAUCUCUUGGAGGUCAGACCCGAGGUUGAAAACUAGACAAAGAUUGUCUGGUUCCAGCAGAAGGGUUCGUGGCCUAGGAUGGCACAAUCCAAGGCCUCAGACCAGUGUCUUAGAAGCCGGAGGAGCUACAGGCACCCAGCAUAGAGCCCCUGUGAGUUUCUUUGGGACCCUGAGUCUCAGAGACCACCCACUAAGACAAGCGCCACUCGGAAACCAUGGAGACGGCAGUGAUCGGGAUGGUGGCUGUGCUCUUUGUUGUCACCGUGGCCAUCACCUGCGUCCUCUGCUACUUCAGCUACGACCCGAAGACCCAAGACCCAGAGAGAGGGCCCAGGAGCAGCUUCACCGUGGCCACUUUUCACCAGGAAGCCUCGCUCUUCACAGGGCGUGGUCUCCAAGCCCGGCCCCUGCCGAGAGCCCAGAACUUCUGGACUGUCGUGUGAGGCUGGCGGCCCCUCAGCUGCUAGUGGGUCAGGCCCGCCUAUCCCUUCAGCAAGCGUUGUCUGGUGUCUCGCUCCUCCCAGGCCUCCAUAUUUGUCUUUCCAUGUUCCAUAAACUUCUUGCCUUCUUCCCUUUCUGCUGGCUCUGCCCUGUGUCCUGGGGAAGCUGAACGUGUUGGGAUCAGGUGUGAGUUACCUCUAAGCUGGGCCCUACUCACCACAAUGGGGCUGAGGAGCCUGAGGAGAUGUGGACAGACACUGUGUGGCAUUCUAUGGUGGGGUGGCUCCAGCCAGCUAUGGAACCUCACUCCAGGUUAGUUUAGCACCCUGUCUGCAGGAUGCCUGAGACAAAGUCUACUUGCCACCCAAGGAACCAGCGCCCCCAAGUGGACAUUUUGAUGAACUACUUCUUGUUUGUUUGUAUUUUUGGAUGCCCUGUGCCGCCCAACCCUGAGACUUGCUCCUUAAUCAGCCCUGAAAUUCUGACACCAGAGAGCUGUUUUCUGGGAACAAGUGACUUAUUUUAUAAUUGCAAAUGUAUAUCCUUUUAUGGGUCUUUCCAAAUCUGCUUUGGAAAACCACAAAAGGAAGCAGAAUAGAAAAAGAGCCACAGAAAGCACAAGGUGUUUGUUUCAUUACCAGGAAGGCCACUGAGAAGACUUUAAACACGUUUUGAACAAGACUUGCUUUAUUGCUAUAGUCCGACAGACCGCAUCUAUUCUUAGCAGACGUGAGCGAUUUGCGUCACUUAGGAAUGAUAGAAACAUCGUGAACUGAAAGAUAAUUCCAAAAAAGUUAAAUGUUGCUACAUUUCAGCACAUGGGAAGAAGUUGCUGGGUUUUUUUUUAAACCACAAAUAAAAGGACAUUUGUUUCUUAUUAAUAGAAAAAUCUGCUCUCUCUAUGAUCACGAAAUAGAUCCCAUCUCCUAUUUAAAGACUAGAAUCUGUAGAGUGUGAAGCCAUGGGCCUCCUGGAUGGUGUAUCUGCACCUAGCCCUCAACAGGGGACUCUCUUAAGACUUUGUCGAAGGGGACCAGAUUGAACAAGGGGGCUCUGGGAUGCAGGGGUGUCCAGACGUGGCUGCCAUAGGAAGGACUGAGAACGACAGGCUUGGGUCUGGAGAGAUGUGGAGAUGUGCAAAGAAGGGAUGGAGGAAGGGAUGGAGGAAGGGAUGGAGGAAGGGAGCCAGGCUGCUAGAUGGGGUGGGGGAGGGGUGAAUCUGGGAGGUCACAGGAGCUCCUGGAAACAUGUCCUCAUCACUCUGAAUGCCAAGUCCCGGACUAGGGCUUUUAUAGAUAGGCCAGAAAGACGGCAGGGGAUCCUGGGGACUAAGCAAGGGGACUCCCUGGAGGCUGAAGUCAGUGUAGUGUUGAGAUGGGUGAGGUGGAAAGGUGGAAGUGGGCCUGGGUGGAGGAGGAAGUCAAGCUGAGUCAGCCUUAGCUCCCUCUGAGGGACUGCUCGCCAGUGGUCUGGCUUCACCAGGGCACAGCUCUGCCCCAGGCGGGCUCAACAGACCUUUCUUGAAGGUCCACAGGAACUCUGCAGAGUCCUCUCCCCAGGGACACCUGGACUACUUGGAGGUGGGGUCCCCAGGUGCAACGAAGCACAUGAACACAGGAGCCUGUGUCAGGGAGGGAGGGGGACCCUUCCCAAGUGGCUCUUGGUUAUGGUGUUUGAUCCCAGCAAUAGAUACCUAGCUAUGACACGA